AUGAUGUGUGGCUACCGUAUGAGAGGGUACUACGUAUGCAUGCUGAGUGAUGAAUCAAGAACUGCUGCCAUGCAUGUCAAGGAAGGCAUCAUGGUGUGGAAACCAGGACUAGUAGAGCUCAGAGAUUCGUUGGAGGGGAUCAGGAAUGCAAUUAUUGUUGGCUCUUCAAUUCUAAAAAUCGUUGAUUCCACUGUGCGAUUCGAUUCCGUCCGGUGUCGUCUCAGACACGAUAGGGGGAAAAUUCCUCUACCAUCCAUGCCUUCACGAAGUGACUCUUUGAACACGUUACCAGCGUGGUAA